CUAUUCAAUUUUUCUCUGAGAAAACACCCCCCCCCCUAACUCUCUACCUUGGGGAGCUCGGUGGCCGCGUCCAUGGCGGCCUCCGCAAUCCCCUACCCUUCUCCCUUCCUCGGUGCGCCGCGACCCAGCUUCAAGACUUCGUUUUGUAGACAAAGUUCCUGCACUACAGUGUCUAAUUUCAAGUUUGCUGCAAUUUUUUGGGGACCAAGAAGGACAGCACAGUCACGUGAAUCGAGUCCCAGCCUAGGGCCGUAUACUCUGACAGGGUCAGCCUCAGAGGGAACACCGACCAAUGGAUUGACGCCGCAAAAGAUAUCUGUUUUAGUUGUUUCAUCAAUAUCGGAAAUUCCGUCGAAGGAUUGGGAUGCAUGCGCAAUCGAUUCAACUGGUCGCGAAAAGUUUAAUCCAUUUCUCAGUCAUGCAUUUCUUUCGAGCUUAGAAGAAUCAGGAUGCUCCGUGAAGGAAACGGGAUGGUUGCCUCAGCAUAUUGUUGCUCAGGAUGAGAACAAAAAUAUUAUAGGUGUUGUUCCACUUUAUCUUAAAAGUCAUUCGUAUGGAGAGUUUGUGUUUGAUCACUCAUGGGCUGAUGCUUACUAUAGAUACGGCUCCGAAUACUAUCCGAAGCUACAAUCUUGUGUACCUUUUACCCCGGUAACAGGCCAAAGAAUACUAGUUCGUAAUACUCUUUACAGAGAUAAAGUGUUUGAUGUGUUAGUCACAGCACUGAAGGACCUAACUAACAAGUUCCGGGUCUCAUCAUUGCAUGUGACUUUUCCAUCUGAAACUGAAUGGGACAGAUUGAAGAGAAAUGGAUUUUUACAGAGAAUAGGGAUGCAAUACCACUGGAAAAACAGGAAUUAUAAAGAUUUUGAUGAGUUUUUGAUGGAUUUGAAGCAAAGCAAAAGAAAGAAUAUCCGACAGGAGCGGAAAAAGAUAACUGCUCAAAAUUUGAAAAUGAAGCGACUUCGUGGAGAUGAGAUAAAGGCUAAACACUGGGACACUUUCUAUAAUUUCUACCGCAACACGACAGAUAAUAAGUGGGGCAGGGCUUUUCUAACAAAAGACUUCUUUCACAAUAUGGGAGCAAAGAUGGGGGACCAAGUGAUGCUGAUCGUUGCUGAAGAUGGGGAUGAACUUGUCGCCGGAGCUCUUAACCUAAUUGGAGGGGAUACUUUGUUCGGACGCCUAUGGGGGUGUCUACCACAUGCUUACUUUCCAAAUUUGCAUUUUGAGGCCUGUUACUACCAGGCGAUUGAAGCAGCUAUAGAGUUGAACCUGAGUAAGGUGGAAGCUGGCGCUCAGGGAGAGCACAAGAUUCAGCGAGGUUACCUUCCGGUGAUAACGUACAGUUGCCACUACAUUUUGGAUGAUGGAUUUAGAAAGGCCAUAGAGGAUUUUCUAAUUCACGAGACUGUUCAGGUGAGGCAUGUCAUGAAACUGCUGCAUGAUUCUGGGCCCUUCAAAGAAGAAAUACUUAAGGACUUCACAUUUGAUUGAAUCCUAAUGAACCGUAAAUAUGUUUGGUGAUCUCAAAUUGUAAUGGGAAGCAGCGAGUUUGUACGGUAUAAUGUUCAUUUAACUUAUCUCAGUAACUCAACCAAAGUGGGUCUCGACAUGGGAAAUAAGUUAGCAUAGCAACUAUUUACACAAUGCAAGUCAAAGAGAUAAAAGAAGAGGAAGAAGAAAAAGAAGAAUACAUUUUCUGAUGAAUUCGCCGCAGCGAAAAGCUCUGUUAUUUGCUACAUUUUCUUUGACUUUUAAUUUGCAAAUGAGAUUUUGUUUGGUUAUUUAUGUAGAAUGAUCAAUAUAUAUUGGUAUAUGUGCAUAUUGUAACAUGCUGAACAACAAUUUUUUUUU